CAAAAGUAAAUAAAUAUAAGGUGAAAAAUCCCCAGGGUUUUCAAAUUUGGGAAUUUAGAAGCGGAUGAGCCAAAUUUCUGCCUCCCAAUUUUAAACUCGCACUGAAGAACUUGCGCUAUUAUUUGUUGAUUUGACACUUUUUGACUGUAGUAGAAAGAGUAAUUUACUCGAAGAACGAUGAUACAUCUCCGUCGAACGAACAUCUACGUCUACGACAGCGACUGUCAAGGUUGAGGCAGUGGCGGCAACUUUCGUCUUGCUUUUGUUUCGAUCUCUACAUACUGCCCAGUCCCACGGGUUUACUACUGAUAUCUUAAAUAUAUAUAGGAUAAGCAGCGAAUAAAAUUCUUCGUCUACAGUUUCGUUUUUCUGCUAGGGUUUCGAUAAAAGUUUUUCCAGUAUCUAAAAUUGUCCCCCCUUUCCUUGAGAUCAUUCGGUUACGCAAUGGCUGAAUGGCAACAAUUUAUUCAAUCUGUUUUCUUUGGCGUAAUCUUCUCCUUUCUGCUUGCGAAGCUCUUCGCUGUAAUUUUCGCUUUCCGAGAAGAAAAUCUCCGGGUCGUCCGUGGCGAUCCGACCGAAGAAUCCCAAUCGAAACCCUCAGCCGCCGCGAUCGAACGGGAAAUUUCAGAAUCAGAUUCUAGGGUUUUCGAAGAGAACAAGCCGUUGAUUGCCGAUACAGAAAAGGACAUUGCUGCCGCUGUCGCCAAGGAGAGCGGGUCAGUUACUACUCCUGGUGGGGACGAUACUUAUACUAGUGGUAGUGAUAGUGAUAGUGAUUGGGAGGGCGUUGAGAGUACCGAAUUGGAUGAGGCUUUUAGUGCGGCAACCGCGUUUGUGGCCGCAACCGCUGCGGAUAGGUCAUCACAGAAAGUCUCGAAUGAUGUGCAGCUGCAGCUCUACGGCCUGUAUAAGAUUGCCACUGAGGGACCCUGCAGCACCCCUCAGCCGUCGCCCCUCAAGAUGACUGCCCGUGCCAAGUGGCAAGCAUGGCAGAAAUUGGGUGCUAUGCCCCCUGAAGAAGCAAUGCAGAAGUACAUUGAGAUUGUUACUGAAUUGUAUCCUUCUUGGAUUACCAAUACAGCUACUAAGAAGGAAGGUAAAGAGUCUAGUGGUGCAUCAAGUGCAGGAUCCAGAGGACCGAUGGGACCUGUUUUCAGUACUUUUACUUAUGAGGAUGAACCUGGAAAUGACCUAAAAUUGGAUGCAAUACACGCUUUUGCGAGAGAAGGAGAUGCAGGGAAUUUACUUCAGUGCAUUGAAAAUGGUUUUCCAGUAAAUGCAAAGGAUAGUGAGGGUAGGGCGCCGUUACACUGGGCCGUGGAUCGUGGUCAUCUGAAUGUCACAGAAUUGCUUCUAAGCAAAGGUGCUGAUAUAAAUGCAAAGGACAAUGAUGGUCAAACAGCAUUACAUUAUGCUGCUGUAUGUGAAAGGGCAACUCUUGCAGAAUUCCUAGUGAAACAUAAAGCUGAUAUAGAAAUAAAGGACAAUGAUGGCAAUUCUCCUGCCGAUCUUUGUGAAUUGAACUGGCCUUGGAUGCAGCAAUCAGCUAAUGUGACUGACUGAGGAUUUUUCGGUGUUAUAUUCCACUGAUUGAAAUUUUAACAUUGUACAUGCUAUACAUAAUUAUUAGGUUUACCUCUUAAAAGGUCAUCUUUAACAUAUGCUAUGUCCAUUUGGAAGUUGCAUUCUUUUUUAUUUCUCAUUGGCUUUAGUUUGCAUUAUUUGAUUUGAUUUUAGCAUUUUGGCUUGAAUUUUAUUAACUAUAGAUGUUCCAUUUUGUUUUGAA